AUGGCGACACCCUUAGACAGGCCAUUAACUAGAGGUGGUGCCUUCGGAGGCUGCUGCGGUAGUAGCGGGGACGCUCAAGGAGACGACGCAGAAAUUUCUUUGGCAAAGACCUACAACACCUCCCAGGGAGGGGGCUGGAGGCCUCCCGAGGACAAAAAGCCCAGGAAACAGAAGUCUGUCGUGGAUUUACUAGAGGCGGUCACGGUCAAAUACAAAACGGCACAGGACGCACCAAUUCUUCCUCCGCGGGCCGGCAAUGACAACAAGCCCACCCUGGUAUUGGAUAUGGACGAGACCCUGAUUGCAGUGAAGUUUGAUCUCUAUUUGCCUGGCUCCGAUUACAUAGUUCCACUGAGGCUUUGCCAUCUGACCGAAACGGGGACGGGAAUGACAGAAUUAUACACUAUAGCAUGGGUUAGAAAGCGGCCCUAUCUGGAAGACUUCUUGGCAUCCGUAGCCAAGGACUGGGAGGUAAUAAUAAUGACCGCAGGGAUUGAAGAUUAUGCAAAGCCGAUCAUUGCAGAGUUCGAUCGCAACAAGAUCGUGUCUUACUCUCUCUACAGGGACUCUUGCUCAUGUGAUAAGUCCGACGGAAUCAUAUACAAGGACCUCAGCAUCCUCGGCAGGGACGUAAACCGUACAGUAAUAGUGGACAAUACCCCGACAUGCUAUAAGAAGCACCCUGAGAACGCUAUUCCAAUAAGCACGUGGGAGAGCUCCAGCAAGGACCGAGCUCUCAGGUCCCUCAUCCCGAUCCUUCAGGAGCUGUCGAGAGCCCCAAAUAUAGUUAAAGCUCUAAAGCGGAUGCGGCUAAAUGAGUUCUAG